CUAAUAUAAAAUGGAUAACGUGAGUGAAAUGGAUCCACCAUUAACAACAACAACAACUUAUAUAUCUGCAACUGGAAAAAUCAAAAAGAAACCUGGAAGGAAACCCAAUCCAGCUUCACCAGCUCUUCGAAAAGCACAAAAUAGAGCAGCUCAAAAAGCAUUCAGAGAAAGAAAGGAACGACAUAUGAAAGAAUUAGAAGGGGAUACAAAACGAUUAUUACAAGAAAGAAAUCUAUAUUACAACAAAAGUCAAACUCUUGCCAAGGAAAACGAUAUAUUGAAAUGUGAAAACUGGUAUUUGAAAGGUAUUGUUUUAUCACUUCAACUGGUCUGCUUCAAGAACAAACUUCGAAUUCCAAGACAUACACCUUACGUUGAUGAAAAGUCUCUUGAAAUCAUGUCUGAAUCAGCUCCAGCAUCUAUAGCCACUUAUUUGGAUAUCAUUCGUCGUAGUUCUUCACCUGCUGCAACCAAUGACGAUACGAUUCAAGAUAACAACAACACUACAGCACCUUCUACUUCUGACAUUUACCUUCCUCCUGGUCAUCCUGCAGCUCAACAAACGAAUGAAAAAGAAACUACCUCUCCUGUUAGUUCUUCUACAUUAGAUGACAUGGACAAUAACAACAAUAAUACUGACACUAUGGAAACGGAUAUUCCUGAACCAAUCAUGCUCAGAAAGGAUGUGGUUGCUAAUAACAUGGCCGCCAUUCAAACUUUACGACUUCGUUUACGACUUCAAUCUGCAUUUCUUCGUGAAAAGACUCCUUCCUAUGCUGUCAAACCAACUCUACUUCAGCUGACUGUACCACAUGACUCAAGAAUCGAUUUACUUCCAACAGUUCAUAUGCGUGAUCGAAUGAUUCUCUUCCGAGAUCAAUUUGAUUUGGAUGAUUGUUUACGACUUUUGGUGAAUGAAGCUGUUUUUCAUGGUGGAGAUCCUUCUGUAUCAGCCAAUUGGGAACUGCCGGCUAUUUUCUUUGAAAAAUAUUGGUUUUUAACAAUUGAUUAUACUUUGGAAAGAACAAGUCUACGUUGGAGAAAGCUCAAAUCCAUGAUGAUUGACAACAAAGAAAACACGACAAUAGAAUCGACAGAAGGUAUGACAUCUCUUGAUCAACCAAUGCAUCGUGCUGUAUCAUCCCCUUUAUCAUCAUCAUCGCCAUCAGCAGCAUCUGUAUCGUCAUCGAUUUCAUCUUCCGCACAUGCACGGCCUUUGGAUUUUAGAUGUUAG